AUGGCCGGUCGAGGUGGGGUUGAGAAAGAUCACACAGGACAACUUGUGUGGGAUGGGUAUAUCCCACCAGAGGCUCAAUCUGACCCAACAAUCUUACGAUUUAGCCCUGAAGGUCAAUGGGAGAUAGCACUAGAACCUGUCCAUGACGGGAUCGAUAUCAACAAGACAGUUGGGGUUGGUUCAGCAAUAGUAUUUGCUCGCCAACUACAAGCGAAAUCUAAGUCAAAGGCGGGCGUUGUGGGUUUAGUGCCUUGUGCUAGAGGUGGCACUUUGAUUGAAGAGUGGAUUAAAAAUCCGAACAAUCCUAAAGCAACCUUCUACCAAAAUUUCAUUGAACGAAUCAAAGCAUCAGAAAAAGAUGGUGGGGUUGUACGUGCUCUUAUCUGGUUGCAAGGUGAAAGUGAUGCGGCUGCGAGUGACACUGCUCGUAGAUAUAAAGACAACUUAAAGAAAUUCUUUAUGGACAUCCGCAAUGACAUAAAACCUAGAUUUUUACCUAUCAUUCUUGUCAAAAUAGCCGUCUAUGACACAUAUAUGAAGCACGAUACUCAUGAUUUACCAGCCGUAAGAGCGGCAGAAGAUGCCGUCCAAAAGGAGCUACCAGACAUAGUGACCAUUGACUCCUUAAAUUUGGUAAACACGGUCACACAUGAAGGGUUUAACCAAGAUCAUGGUCAUUUUAAUACCAAGACUCAAAUUGCUUUAGGUAAAUGGUUGGCUGAUACCUACCUUUCCCACUAUGGUCAGUUCCUGUGA